UUGCUGCAAAUUUGCAACGCUGUCUCGAUGAUGGAUUGUGCCAUGCCACGUAUUCUAAGGCUCUUUCUAGCAUUCUUGGUGCUGUUGCAGGGCCAGCAAGUGGAUCCGAAAGGGGACGAGGAUACAAAGAAUGCUGGCAUCCGCAUUUCAGUGAACGGGGAAGACACGGCCCAGUUCGUGAUGUUGGAUUCCAGAUGGAGAUGGCUCUACAACGUGGAUGACAAGGACUGUGCCUCCCUGACAGACGAUGCAGCGACACUCGAGAGGUGCUACUUGCAAGGUCUCCGGGCUUCCAAAUACGCUGCCGGGUACGGCGUCUUGGUGGGAACUCCCAACAAUCGCGCCCUAACGCUGCGCUAUGCCACGAAGGAUGCCGAUUCACCUUCGCCCAACUAUGGUUCCCGUGUCUACCUCACAGAUGGUGAGGGUUAUUCCCUCUUUUCGCCCAUGGCGGGGGAGAUCUCUUUCGACAUCGACAUCUCACAGGUUCCUGCCGGAAUGAACGCUGCCGUGUACCUGGUGUCGAUGAACAGAUAUGGGAACAUCGCUAGUAUCAGCAACAGCGGCGUGAUGAAUGUGGCGGGCUGGCGACGGGGCUUGGGCUAUUGCGAUGCGCAGUGUCCCAAGGAUUUGCGCUUCGUCCAGGGCACAGGCUACAACAGCGACAAUCGCUAUGCCUCCUGCUGUCCCGAGAUGGACCUCUUUGAGGCAAAUCGUUUCGUGUCGGCCCUCACGGCGCAUCCGUGCAAAUCCGACCAGGCGUCGGUCUGCGACAGCAGCACAAAUCCCGACUGCGGGGCCGAGUGCGACAGCAAUGGCGGGGAUAUCAACACCUUCCGCGACGAAGGCCCGGGGCAUGCGCUCUUCAAUAACGUGGACCCGAUGCUACCUUUUAGCGUCACUACACGUUUCAUCACCAACAACGGAUUCUCCAAUGGAACUUUGAUAGAAAUCGAGCAGGAACUACUUCAGGCAGGGCGCAGCUUCAAGACAUCUUUGACUGACCAGAGCGUGGCGGAGUCUUCCAAGCGCUUCAGGAGCGCCAACAAAUUUGGUGAAGUCUAUGGCGGUCUAAAGCAGAUGGGCAAGUCCCUGCGCAAUGGCAUGGUGCUGGUGGUGGCAUUGUGGUCUGAUCCAGGUGGAAACAUGAACUGGUUGGACUCCUGCGAUGCCAACAAGACCGUCUACGAUUGUCAAAAAAACUGGGAGUUUAACGAUAGCGUCUGGGAGGAGGCGAAUGAGGUGAAGCCCGGCAUUUGGAGAGGACCCGUGGAUUACUACCCCGACUACGCAACCUCCUUCCAGACGAAAGAUGUUGCCUUCACUUGGUCGGGCAUCCCUUUGCCCAUCAAGCGACAGGUGAAGUUUAACUGCCAGGGCUGCGAGACCAAGGAAGCGCCCUGCGACUGCGCCAGUGUGCCAUAUGCUUUUACCGUCAGCAACAUCAAGGUGACACACACCGCGCCACCCGAGCGCACACCCAACGAGCCGGGAACCACUCCCGGUGGCGGUGCUGGUGGAGGCUCAUCACUGAUGAUGACCAUCCUGGUGCCCAUGGGAAUCGCCCUGGCGGUUGCAGCGUGUGUGGCAUUCCUCUGUUGCUACGUUUGCAGCGAGGAUGACGUUGAGAAUGUGCGGGCCAGAAGAAGAAGAAAACGCUUGGUGAAAUGUCAAGACUCCGAGAGUAGCAGUACGGACUGAGUCUUUUGAUUUUCAUUGCGCCACUUUUUCGUAGUGACCAACUUACGGUGAUGGCCACGGGUUUUUCAAGGUGGCC